UUAGUUCAAUGUGUAGUAUGAAAUGUAAAUCUUAAUUUCCAGUAACUAUAGUUAUGGGAGCAGGUCAAAUAGGAGGAAUAGCAACACUACUUGAUAUCGACUUUAAAAAUGCAGCUGGAUUUCACGGUGUUCAAGCUGAUCAGUCUGAGGGGCAAUUUAUUGUUUAUUACUUAUCUCACGCUCUACUGUUCUGCUUAGGAGCAUUGAUCGAACCUCAUGUAGUAUUAACACCAGCAAUAUGUGUUUUUGGAGAGAAAUUUAAAUUUGAAGUAUAUGCUGGCACGCACAAAUUUUUAAUAAAUACGGGAGUAAGCAGAAAAGCACGUCACGUAGCUAUUCACAAAGGAUACAAUAAUACCCAGAAGUUUAAAGAGUGUUCAUCUCUAAAUCUAGCAUUAUUAGUGUUGAACAAACCCUUCUCGUUUCACGAGUAUGAACCUGGAGCUGAUUUUAUCAUAAAUAGAUUACGUUACGGUUCAAGCUCAAAACUUACUCCACGUGCAUUAGAAAAUCAGAAAUGCCAUUAUUAUGGAUUUGGUAGCAGGAGAAAUGGGUAUCUUCUACCGCUUCUUAUAAAUAUGCGGAAAGUGGAAGUUGUUAUUUUACCACAGGAACGUUGCCUGCCGAUGUGGAACAAUGAAAAUCAAUUACUCUGCAUUCAACAAAUCCCGUGCAAGUCGGAAAAAUUUGGAGCUUUAUGUCCUGAUGAUGUCGGUUCGAUAAUAGAGUGUUCUGGAUUCGCAGUGGGCAUGAUGGUAUCUCGUUUGAUAGAUCGACCGUGUGGAGUAGGAUUCCUUGAUUUGCAGAAAAACAACAAGUUUAUAACUUGCGGCGUAGACGACUCAAGAGAUGUCAUCACCCAUGACGAUGACAUGGUGUUCGACUUUGGUACACGAGUUCAGAUGAUUUCGUCUCUUGCAACCGUGCCUACAUCGGCAGAAACAGAGGAAACUUUUGAAAAUGAAGAUACUCCCACCACAACAGCAAAAACCGACACAACAACAGCUCAAUCUAAUCGCCGGUCACACACUUAGUAUCAAUCUAUAAAACUACUUUAAAUUAUU